AUGAAGAUUCACAUGCGUGGAAGAGCGGAAUCCUCAGCGGGGGAUUCCAGGAGCAAGUGUGCUUUUGAAGAGUUCAGGAUUGGAUUGCGAAAGCAGGAACUUGGCCAUCGUCAGGAAGGGCUGUUUGCUGACGAUUGCUGCUCGAGAAUGUUCGUCGUAACUACAGAUUCAGAAUCACAUCAGAUCGUGAUGGACGUGUUGGACUUCCUUGGCGGCGACGUGACAGUGCGGUUGGUGGAAGGAAAGGAGCUGCUGGUGGAGGGUCAAGCAGAGAGGCAGGACGGAGGCAGAGUGUCCCGAGUGAGCUUCGUGCGUCGCUUCGCCUUGCCUGAGCUCGUCGAGCGAGACGCCGUCAGCUGCGUGUUGUCCUCGGACGGAAUCCUGACGAUCGUCUCCAAGAAGAAGGGAGACGCCCCUGGCCAGCGCGACCGCAGGAGUGCCCAGUAGGAUGGAGUCCUAUCCUGGCAUGGGCAGAGGUGGAGGGCUGAAGGGCGCUGGAGACUUUGAGGAUUCAGGAUCCCAAGAUUCAGAACCGGUUCCUGCAUCAAGCAUAAGCUGUGCAAUAAGUACCAGUCUGCACUGGUUUCCUGAGAGCUGCAAUUUCUAUAGACCGUAAUCUAUUCUAAAAUAUAUUUUUGGUAUUAAAAGAUUAUGUGAAACGUUUAUGUACAUGUGUCCUUUGUAAAUGUAAUGUUGUUUUUU